AUGGACGUCCCCUGGUGGGAAGCGACGGCCGCUUCCGUGGUCCGUGGUUCACGCCCCGACGCAACCGACGCGGGCGAGACAUCCGCGGCGGGAUCGUUCGGGUGCGACGUGCGCGGCGCCGGGGGCCACCGCAGGCGAGGAGGACCCCGCAACAAUCUCAUCGGGGCGACCGGUUCCGCCCCGUCCUUCGCGGCGGACGCUUCGGCGUUGCGGGCGUUCGUCGCGUCCUCGCCGCGGCUCUGCGUCAACAUCAGCGCGACGUGGUGCGCGCCGUGCGUCAGGUUCCAUCCGAAGUUCGCGGACAUGAGCGCGGCGUUUCCCGACGUCGCAUUCUUAACCGUCGACAUAGACAACCUCGACGACGACGUCUUGGACGAGCUCGACGUGGAGACGAUUCCCACGUUUCUGCUGAUGAGAGGCGGGCGGGAGGUGACGCGGGUGGUUGGGGUGGCGCAUAAGAGGCCGGCGAGGCCCCUCGCGGCGGCCAUACGGCGGCACCUCUGCUCGUGA